GCUCUGGGCAAACCGGAAGCUCCCUGCCCGGCAGCGGAAGUCUCGCGGUGCGCGGGAGCGGCGCCGAGGGAGCAGAGGCAGCGCCGCGGCCGCGUCCCCGCCUCUCUUUAUCUCUGCAAGGAACUGAAACACAGAAGGCUCCAGGAUGGAUUUCCAGCAUCGUCCUGGAGGGAAGACAGGAAGUGGAGGUGUAGCCUCUGCCUCCGAGAGCAACCGGGACCGGCGGGAGAGGCUGCGGCAGCUGGCCCUGGAAACCAUCGACAUCAACAAGGAUCCUUAUUUUAUGAAAAACCACCUGGGCUCCUAUGAGUGCAAACUCUGCCUGACCCUGCACAACAAUGAGGGCAGUUACUUAGCACACACCCAGGGCAAGAAGCAUCAAACCAAUCUGGCCCGGCGAGCUGCCAAGGAGGCCAAGGAAGCUCCUGCCCAGCCUGCCCCGGAGAAGGUGAAGGUGGAAGUGAAGAAGUUUGUGAAGAUUGGGCGCCCUGGCUACAAAGUGACCAAACAGAGAGAUCCAGAAACAGGCCAGCAGAGCCUCCUCUUCCAGAUUGACUACCCAGAGAUAGCAGAGAGCAUCAUGCCCAGGCACCGCUUCAUGUCCGCCUACGAGCAGCGCAUCGAGCCCCCGGACCGGCGCUGGCAGUACCUGCUGAUGGCAGCUGAGCCCUAUGAGACCAUCGCCUUCAAGGUGCCCAGCAGGGAGAUCGACAAAGCAGAAGGGAAGUUUUGGACCCACUGGAACAGGGAAACCAAACAGUUCUUCCUCCAGUUCCACUUCAAGAUGGAGAAGCCUCCAGCUCCCCCCAACCUGCCUCCGGGGCCCCCCACGGUGAAGCGUCCUCCUCCGCCGCCGCUGAUGAACGGCCUGCCCCCGAGGCCGCCUCUGCCAGACUCCAUGCCACCCCCUCCCCCAGGAGGCAUGGCCCUGCCUCCCAUGCCUCCCUCGGGGCCAGUGCCACCACCUCCAGUGCCACCUCAGUUGCCACCAGCCCCCGGUGUUCCCCCACCUGCUCCUCUGCCACCCAUGAUGAGGCCUCCUCUCCCCACGGAGGGCCCAGGCACCAUCCCUCCUCCUCCUCCCUCCAACUGAAGCCCCUCCUGGACUCCAUCCCUCCAACUGAAGCCCCUCCUGGACUCCUUCCUGGUGGUCUCCUCCAGCUCCCAUCUUUUUCUAUGCAGCCCACAGCUGGGUCAGAGAUUUGUUGCUGUUUUCUGGCUGAAUCCCACCCAGUAGGUUCAUUAAAAGGUUUCCAUUGCCCUUUC